GCCCGAAUUUGCGUGGACCUUAAUAAUUAAUCAUUUCAGAAACUAGACAAAUGCACCAAGCGAAUUCAGACAUUAAAUGUAAUAGUUUUUUUUUAACCCAAUAAACUGAGUCGGUGUGGGUGGGCUAUCCUGUCUGUUUUUUAAGGGGCGACUCCCGCCUUCUCGGGCUGUUCCGGUACGAAACUGCACGCACUCAUCUCAGACCCAAACUGUGUUGUCUCGUGUGUGACUGGCUGCUAUCAAAACCUCCUCGGCUGACAAACACAGCUGCUGGGACCUCUUUCGCUUUACUGUCGCAUUUAAAUUGGACAAACAACUUGAGUGAUCAUCUUCUAAAAUGCCUCUGGCUAAGGACUUGAUGAACCCCAGUUUUGCGGAGGAGAGGAGGAGACACAAAAAGAAGAGGCUGGUGCAGAGUCCCAACUCCUACUUCAUGGAUGUGAAAUGCCCAGGCUGCUAUAAGAUCAGCACCAUUUUCAGCCAUUCCCAGGGAGCAGUGCCCUGUGGUGGCUGCUCGCUCAUCCUCUGUAUGCCCCGGGGGGGGAAAUGCCAGCUGACUGCAGGCUGCUCCUUUAGAAAGAAACACUCCUGAACAAAAGAAUGCAAAAAGUCAACCGAGCGCCACUGGCCGGUAUCAGCAGGGACCGCUGAUCAAAGAGAGAAUGGGUUUUCUGAUCCAUGCCACUUUGAAGCGCUAUAAGGUGUCUUCAAGCUGAGAAAGUGUCUCCAUUUGUUCCUUGAUAACUGAGAGUCUUCAUCUGCUACAGUGGCGAUUUGAAAGAGGAAGUGAGAGAGAGGCUGAGGGAGCUAAAGACAUACUAGUGAGAGUUAUGUACCUGCACUCAUGUCUUGUGGAAGGUGUAACAUUUAUUUGACAUGGCACUU